AUGGCUGCAGCUUCGGCAACAGUCGAGAAGAGUGGCAACAUGGACUUGCCGGAAGCGGACAAAGUGAAGAACAGCGAGCCCGAAGACAAGACAGCCGAGUCCAAGGAGAAGGACCUUUUGACAACCCCACCGGCAACGAAGCGACUUCGGCGCUUGGGGCCCAUGGACAGCGAUGUCACUUUCAUUGGUUUUGGAGGGGAGACCGAAGUCUGUCGUCUCUUGAGGUCUGGAAGGAAGGCCAUGCUUCAGAACAAAAGCACCGGCGAGUAUCUGUUGAUUGAUGGUUUCCAAGACCUUUUAGAAGCAGAUGCUACUCUGCGAGUGUCUGUUGAUGAUGGGGAGGAACCUGAAGUCAUAGAGAGGCCUCUCAUGCAUGUUUUUGACAUGCAUCUUCAGCGAGAGGGAGAGAGGAUGAACAUCGUGACCAAGCAUGGGAGCAUCACAAUGCACUUGGAAGACCUGGAGCAGGCCAAAGACACAGUGGCCUUGUCAGUUGAUCUGCCUGGUCACAACUCCAAGUGGGACAUGGAAGUGUACGUGUGGCACAAACCCCGAGGGUUGUGUCAAUCCUCGGUGUCCUUCUUGCUUCGCUGGUGUGUGGACUGUUUGGGAGGUGCUGCCAGAAGAAAUUUCAUUGGGUUUAGUGCCAAAGCGUGGCGAAACCUCUUGGCCAAGUACUACAGCCCACUAGUCCCAGAAGAGGGGAUUGAUGCCAAAGCAGCAGCCCAGGAGGACAUCGUGGAGUCCAGCUGGAGCCAGAAAUUCAAAGAACUUUCACAGAAGCAGGGAGAGUCGGAUAGCCAGGCCCAGGAUAGCCAAGCUCAGGAUAGCCAAGCUCAGGAUAGCCAAACCAGCUUGGGCGAGGAGACACGUGAGCUUGAGCAGCAGGACUGGUUCUGCAGCCCUUUCGCGAUGAUGGUGCUUUUGCUGGAAUGGUGCACAAGAGGGCCCCGAGCCAACAGCAGCUGGGUGCUGUCUGAUCCCGACAUGCGGAGUCGGGCCCGUGCCAUGCUGAAGGGUUUGUUUGUCGUUUUUUGUGAGCUCAGCUGGCAACAAAAAGGCAGUGCUGAAAAGGAUGGCCACGAGUUUGUUUUCCAGUUUCGGAAAGUGGAGGGAGAGGUUCUCGUGGACGUGAAGGCCUUGGCAAGGAGCUGUAAGUGUGCCCAGAGGUUUUUUGGCAGUGACCGUGCCGAGAUGGAAUUGGUUGAGCUGCUGAUGCUGCUUCGAAAAGCCGACAGCUACAAUGGCUCUUCACCUGAGCGACGACAGGCUUUCACAGCAUUGCAGAGUUUCAUCUUUGUGUGCGUCACAAACAUGAUCGAGGGCAGUCUGCGGACGAAAACUUGGACCUGCACAAAAGUGGAGCAGCUCAGCCAGCUGAGGUCAGCCAGGGGCUAUCGAAAGGUCUCCUUCGGCUUCAGGCAGGCUCUGAUUUCAACGACCGGGAACUGCAACGUGUCAGGUGUUGCUUCUGCCGCAGCCGGGCAAGAAAUCUUUGUCGAGGGGCAGAGAUCACGUCGUCAUGCACGGCCUGAGCAGUACCUGCUGCAGGACCGGUACAACUACAUGAAAGCCGGGAAGCAGCUCGUGAAAGAAGCUCCUGUUCUGGGGCUCACAGCUGAUGCCGUCAGUGUGGGUUCCGAUCACAUCCUGAAUGUCUUCCUGUGGGAGCCCAGCAAAGAGCAAGCGUAUCUGUGCCCACCUCAAGUGGAACGGCAGCUGAAGCUGAACGAGAACCUCUUCAAGAACAAGGCGGCCUUGUGGACAGCCAAGGCCACGGAGUUCGUGAAGGCCAGAGAGGACGAGGACCAAGAGACCCGAAGACUGCGGCUGAAACAGAAGACGCGAACCCAGGACAGACUGCCGACCAGGUUAUGGCUGCAGUGUGUCCAGAAUGCCUUGAGACUGAGUGGCCGCAACCUUCAGGAAUUCGUCGGGGAACCCUACGAUGACAAGGCCGCUGAAGUUCCCAGAGGCCCAACCUUCAAGCUCUUGGUGGUGACUACAGAUCAGGAAGCUCUCCAAAUCACAGGGUGCAAUUUUUUGAAGCAUAAGAAGGGCCUCGGUCUUCUGCACAUCUAUGACCCAAUGCAUCGACGACAGAACGAUGUCCUCCUAUCCAUGGCUGAUGCAGGCUUGUUGCGACGAGUCUGCAUGAACUUGUCCCUGUACAACAUUAAGUACGGGCCCUGGCUGAAAGGAGGAUGGUUUCGCAUGCUGCAAGAGACAGCACAUCAGCUGAGAGACAUGCCCCGGAACGACCCGCUUCUACUCAAGUUCUGGCCGGACAUACUCAAGGAUCGUGGUUUCUUGCUAGAGGACAGCCAGACGGGCCGCGACCACUUCUUGAAGACGCUGCGAAGCCAAGAAUUCUUGACAAGCAAAGGGCCGGUUGCAGCCACCACUAAGUUCAACAGCAUCGCCACUGCUCAUCGUCCCAUCGACUCACAUUGGUCCAGCCAAGCCUUCGUCAUGACUGCGACUUGCAUGGUGCAGGGUUGGGUACAAUUCGCCGAUCAGCUGUGGUGUCCCGAUGGUACAGUCGACAAGGAGGCCGAGGAGGGCCUCAGUCGAAGCAAGGCCAAGCGGCAAGCAAAGGAGAAGUUGGAGCAGCUUCGGAGUCGGGCUGUAAACUCCUUGCAUGCCAUGACCAAGUACAUGAACGACGACUGCAUCAAAAGCGAGAGCAGAAUCAUCGCUGCUGUUCUGGAGCCCGAGUCAGCAGCAGCAUCAAAAAUGCUGCAGGAAAUGCGAGGUUCCGGGAAGACCCUGGAGUACUUCGUUUCCUGGGCGCAUGGAGGGUGGCUGGACACAGCGAAAUCACAUCUGCAGCUCCUGACGGACACCCAUGCACUGGACAGGAUCGGGCUUUGUAUGGCCUGGGACAAAGACUGCCAGCCGGGAGAGGUGGACUGGGACCUAGCCAUGGCGACGAAAUUGUGGAAGUUCACUUUGAGCAUCUUCAAGUUUCGGGCUGGAAGCAACCUGUGGCACACCUGGGGCCCAGGAGCUUCUGCCGGCUUGCUGGGAGAGACUGAGGAGAAAGUGUGUUUCAGCUUGCAGUGGCAUCGGGAUCUCUUCGAUGCUGUGCUGGCAGUGAAAGAGAAUGGGUCCCAUGCUGCCCAGGCCCUCCUACAGCACAGCAUGUGCGAGGAAGUCUGGAUAAAGCACGUUUUCCACUGGCUUGCUCGAGCGAAUUUUCGAGAAGUGCCCGAGGGAUUGGACAGUUUGUUGCGAAAGGAGAGCUCCCUCAGCUGGGAUUGGCCUCCCGUGCCUGUCUUUCAGGCCCCUCCCAGUCUCUUCACGUACGUUUUCGAGAGUUCUCUUUGCGGAGUGCUUGUCAGUUCCCGGGAAGGGGCCCGAGUGCUCCUCUGGCUCGACAGCGACCGGCGGAGACAGGCAGAGGUGCCUGUUCAGGAUUAUGAGGCUCAUUUGGCUGCCUGCACUCGCAAGGUUAAUAAGACGGGCUAUUCUCGGUCUUGGGAUUUUCGGUUGAGGCCUUCUAUUGUGCUCUUUACCGGUGUAGUUAGGUCGCGAGGCAUGUUCCCACCAGUGCCCUCGCUCGUGCCUGUGAUCACUCCAGUGACGCCAACCGUUGCUGCAGUCACGAAGAUUGCGAUGAUUUCCCGGGUUCGUUUGGACGAUUCUUGGGGUGCUCACCUUGAGAGGAGGCUUAGUGCUGCCAUACAAAAGUGGGUUGCCUUAGUGGUUGAGGAUCCUUUAUCUUUUGACGUUGGUAGGCGGUGUGCUGCUUUCGUGGGAAAUGACGAGGCGAUUUCUCAGGGCCUUCUGCACACUUUUUCGGGCAAAUCGGCAGGUACCUUGCACAGCCGGGCUGGGCCUCUCAUCAGGUUUGUUGCCUGGGCCAAGGCUCGCCAGUGCAAGCCCCUACCCUUCAGCGAGGCGCUUUUGUAUCAUUUUCUGCUUGAAUCCGAGAGCACUUGUGCGCCGUCAUUCGGAAAGGCGUUGAUGUCUGCACUUGCAUUUUGCAAAUUUGUGCUGGGCGUUGAGAAUGUUUCUGAUGUUCUGAGCAGUGGUCGGUUUGGGGGCUUGGCUCGUUCGAUGUUCCUGAACAAAAGGAAGCGACGGCAGAAGCCACCCCUCACCGUCGAUAUGGUGAAGGCCCUUGAGAGAUUGGUGAUCUCCGAACGUGAAGGAGAUAUCGACAGGCUGUGUGCGGGGUUCUUCCUCGUUUGUGUUUACCUUCGAGCAAGGUAUAGCGAUGCCCAAGGUCUGAAGAAUCUUGCAAUCGACGAGCCUGAAGGUUUUGCUGGCCGCUUGACAGGAUAUUUUCAAGGGGAAGCUUCAAGGACAAAGACGAGUUUCUCGCUGGAAAGGAAGACGGCUCUGCUCCCGAUGGUUGGGCCACUUUUCGGCCUGACUGCAGUUCCUUGGUUUAAGACAUGGUUUGGUCUCCGCGAGGACAUGGGCAUUCCUGAAGGCGAGGACUUUCCUUUGCUGCCGAGUCGUGGGCUAGAAGGGGGUUGGGCUCCGGUCCCACCUUCAGCUACGGUGGCCGCUGCAUGGCUCCGGGGGAUUCUUAUCUCUAGAGGCUUCCCUGAGGUACGCAAGCUCGGGACUCACAGUUGCAAAUGCACAUGUCUUUCUUGGCUGUCGAAGCACGGAGUUGAUCCUCUGCAUCGGCGUGUUUUGGGGUAUCACAAGGCCCCGCAGGAUGAGAUGAUGCACGUUUAUGGGCGUGACAAUGUUUCUCCAGCCCUGAGGUCGCUGGAGGCUGUCAUCCAGGACAUCAGACAAGGCCUGUUUUUGCCGGAUGUCACUCGGUCGGGUUACUUCCCGACCCAGCCGCAGAGGGAGCCUGGGCCUGAGUUCGUUGAGGAGCCAUCGGAAUCCGAAGUUUCGCUCGAUGAAGAGGAUAAUGUGCAAGACUUGAGAGCGGAGGAAGCGGCCGCUGAUCAGGUUGUUAACCGGGGCACGCGGUUUUGGAGGGAAGUCAACCAUGACUUGAAAAUGUGGCUGUACGGACCAUUCGCCAUGGCCAUCACCGAGAGCAAGGCAAACUUUUCUUCCAGGGCGACGGCCUUGGGGUUGGCCGCUGACGCUUUGAAGAAGUUCACUGAUGCCGGCAUUGAUUGCAUGAGCAAGUUUGCCUUCAUUAGUGCGUUCGUGCCCGGCAACACUGACGAGUCACCUUUUACCGAUGCAGUUGCUGGGGUUUUGGGGCGCGCUGCUAAUUUGGCAGAGUUGAGCGUGCUGCGCAGGCUUCUUCAUGAGAGCUACAACCUCACUGUCUCAGAGCUUCAGGUGCAGGUUGAAAGAACGGAAGAUUCUGCUCCGAGGCGGUUGGCGGCUCCCGAUCGAGCCGAUAGGCUUCAGCGGCAACACAGGCUUGCUGGCUUGAACAUCCAUGGCCCUACUCUCCCGGGUCAUUCGGUCAUCGAUCGUUGCGUCCAGAUGUAUGAGGAUAAUUCUCUUUCAUACCUACCUUUGCAGUCUUGUCCCUGCCGGGAUGAUGAAGUGAAGUUCAAGAAGGACCGAGAUGACAAGAUGCUUGCUGUGGAUGGCACGGGGCACGUGUCUCUUAGGUCGCAGGCCGUGAAAGUGGAAGCCGACGUGUCCACUGACCUUUUGCUUAAGCAUGCACUUACACGUCGUGGGCUUGCGCUGGACCAAGCUGGCAUUCUGAGCUUUGCGGAGCAUGAGCGUUGGUCUGAGGCGUUGUUUCAGGCUCGAUUUCGAGAUCCGCCAGACCAGUAUGCCCGUGUCACGCUCCAGCAACUCAUCCAGGCGAGGCGGACAGGCUCUGAGGCGCAGGUCCACGUGACUGAUGAUAAAGAUGUAGCACAGCUUGGUGAGGAGCUUGUGCUCUCUUCUUCCGAUGAUGAGAUCCCUGAAGGGGAGUCAUCACCGAAACACGUCCCGUGCUCGGCCUCAGUUCCGCCUCAGCCGCUUUCCGACAAUCCCGAAGCUUUUGCGUCUCAGCUGCUCGAGAAGCCGUGGCUUGAGGCGAGCGAUGUUUUGCAGCUUUUUGAGAUGUUGCCAAUGGCCGCGCCCCAGCGUGGAACUGAGGGCAAGGCUUUUGCUACCGGAGCGUUCGCUCGAGUCAAGGUCAAUGGCCAGCAGCAGAAGGGAGUUCUCUUGCCCGUGGGAGCCGGGCCCGUGCUCUUUGAUGCACGUCGUGCUCUGCAUCUCACUGAGCCUUGGAAAGGCCGCCGUGUGGUCUUAGUGGCCUUUUCUAUAGGUGCAUUUUCAAGGCUGUCCAGUGAGGCUUCUGAACGCUUGUCUGCCCUGCAGUUUAACUUGCCAAACCAGCCCGAUGCUGCUGCGUUCCAAGAGCGCCCGCAAUUGCCGGUGCGUCUUCCCUGGCCGCCUCGAUUGCCCCUCCUUGCAUCUGCGCCUUCGGUUCCCGACAUUCCUAAGCCGGCUGCUGGAGAGCCCUUGUUCUUGGAGCUAUGUGCUGGUACUGCCAUGUUGUCGCGCUGCUUUCAUGAGGUCGGCGUCCCGGUCAUGCCCAUUGACCACCAGCACAAUCGGCACCUUCCGUUGGCUAAGGUGUGUAACCUCAGCCUCACUGAGGAUUCGACCUGGGACUUCCUACGACACUUGAUUGACACUUGCGACAUCCUGUUUGUGCAUGCCGCUCCCCCGUGCGGCACAUGCUCUAUGGCCCGGCAUAUCCGGCGCAAGGGUGUGUCUGCUGGCCCCCUUCGUUCCAAGCAGUUCCCUAUGGGCUUGCCGUCCCUGAACGGAGUCGACCGGGCAAAGGUCGAGGCGGCAAACCAGAUUUGCACUAAGCUGGGUCGUUUCCUGCAGGACUUGGGUCGUCGUGCCAUUCCUUGGUCUGUCGAGAAUCCUGAGUCGAGUAUGCUCUGGCAGCUGCCGUGUUUUCAGCCCUUGGUGCAGGACAACCAUGUCUUCUCCUUUGACAUGAGUUGUUACGGGGGGUCCCGCCUGACCCACAGGUCUUUGCUCACUUCGUGCUUUGGGCUUCGCCAUUUUCGCCAGCGGUGUUCCGGGGGACAUGAACAUUUGCCGUGGAGACCAAAGGUUGCCCCAGGUGGAAAGGUGCACUUCCCUACGGCAGACGAAGCGGCAUAUCCGCGUCCGUUCUGCGUGCAAUUUGUGGCGCUCGUUUUCCGCCACCUUGGGCGGCCCCUGCCUGCCACGCCUGCCCCUCAGGUGUCAGCCCAGGCGUCUGCCUCUUCAGCUCGCCAGCCCCGUGGGCGCCGUAUCCCUCCUGUCAUGCCUGAGUUCAAGCGUGUGCUCGUGUAUCAGGUUGCUGCGUUGCCCCAGGUGGAUCACAAGCGUCGCUUGCUGCAACCUUUGCGGGAUGCCCCGGCGGGCUCCAAGCUUAUCUCCUCGACGUCUUUGCUCUCUGAAGUGGGGUUGAGUAGUGCCUCGGAGACAACGGUUCAGGCGGUUGCCGAGCUAGUUGAUUCGAGCUCGUCUGAGUCAGGUGACACUGCGUCUCCUGUGGGCCCGGAUGACCAGGCCAGCACGUGCUUUGAAGUGUCGCUGGGUGUGUAUGCUUCCCCCGAAGAAUUUGUGGAUGAAUGCCUGAACGUAGAGCACCCCUUUGAUCAGCUGCAUGCUGUGCCCGAUGUGCUCAAACAGUGCCUUUUUGACAUGCUGACCAAGGGGCCUGCUUGGGUCGUGGAUCGUAGGGCAAAGCUACUCAAGAAGUGGACCCAGUGGGCUCGCGACCUUGAGGCCGAGGAAGCAGGCCUUCGCAAGUCGUUAGACCCUGAGGUUGCAAAGGUGUUGCAAGGUAAAAGGCUCCUGCUUCUUGAGAAGAUUGCGUCGUCAAUCGGCUGGGUUGACAUGGGCGUUUUUGCUGAGCUUAGGAAGGGCUUUGAUUUGGUGGGGCAUGCAAAGCACACGGGAGUUUUCGCGCUUGAGCCCAGGCCUCCGAAGCUUCCUAAGGAUGACUUUCUUGCUGCCACAAAAUUUCUUAGGCCAGCCCUGCUGGGUAAGGUAAAAUCGUCGUCCAUGGAUCGUAAUGCACGUGAGCUGUGGGAAAAGACGAUGCAGGAGGUGGAGAGUGGUAUGUUGGAGGGACCUCUGUCGUCGCAGCAGCUGGAUGAUAGGCAUCCCUCUGGCUGGUUGCCCACUCGGCGUUUCGGGGUGGAACAGAUUUCUGCUGCCGGGCGCAAGCUGCGGCCUGUUGAUGAUUUCACCGAGAACAAGGUGAAUCUUGCUUUUGGGUCUAUGGAUAAGCUGGACUUGAAUGCGCUUGAUCAACUUAUCUGCACCUGCCGCAUUUGGGCAAGGGCCAUGUGUGGGGGGCAUGAUUGUGAGCUCGUGCUUUCCUCGGGGCUUGUGCUAAAGGGCCGUGUGCAUCCUGGUUGGAAGAAGGCAGGGCAUCAGCCGCUUCUGACCACACUUGAUCUUCGAGCUGCUUACAAGCAGUUCGCAGUGUCAGCCGACUCGCGAGCUUGGGCAGUUAUCGCUUUGCUUAACCCUGAUACGCUGGUGCCGGGCCUUUUCGAGUCGAAGGCGUUGCCUUUUGGCAGCGCGGCCUCGGUGCUGCAUUUCAACCGCCUCUCGAGAUUGUUGUGGAGGUUGGGGGUUGAGCUUUUGAUCCCAUGGGGAAACUUUUUCGACGACUUCCCUGCAAUGUCACCGAGUGCCAUUUCAGACAAUACCAUGAGUACAAUGACUGCCUUGUGUUCCCUUCUCGGGUUCGCCUUUGCUGACGACAAGCUCAGCCCCUUCCAGCCUGCUGCCACCAUGUUGGGGGUUGAGGUCGAUUGUUCAAGGUGUGUUGAGGGUUUGGUGCUCGUAAGGAACAAGCCUGGUCGUGCUGAGGAACUCGUGGUGUCUCUUGAAGAGUUUCUGCGCGAGGGAGUGAUCUCUCGAAAGCGUUACCUCAGUCUCAUGGGUCGACUCCACUACACUGAUUCGUACAUACUUGGUAAGUCGGGCCGUUUGAUCAUGGCGGACAUUCGCUCGUGGGCAAGAGGGCAUUGUUCCGAUGAGUUGGUCUUGGACGAUGCAGCACGGGAAUCGCUGCGUCUGUUCAUUGCGCGUCUCCGUGCUUGUGAGCCUCGCCAGGUGCCUUGUGGAGUGGCGAGCCACGUUGUGCACGUCUUCACGGAUGGCGCCAGCGAGGGUGAGGUGCACUCGAUUGGUGGGGUCCUUGUAGUGCAAGGACGGCUGCAUUCUUGCUUUGGGUCUCUUGUUCCCGAUCAUUUGAUCAGCAAAUGGACUUCCACGAUGCGACACAUUAUCGGGCCGGUUGAAUCAUAUCCUAAGGAGAGUUUGGCACCAGUUCAUUGCUUCGCAGCGCGCUUUGUUUUUCAUCGAUAA